AUGCCACAAUCGGCACAGAUUAACGAGCCGCCGACCGUAAGAACUAUUUACUCGCAAGUAAUCGGCAGUCCUGGAACUUUCGACCAGGACACGAAUAUUAACGAGCCGCCGACCGUAAGAACUAUUUACUCGCAAGUAAUCGGCUGUCCUGGAACUUUCGACCAAGACACGAAUGUAAAAAUAUAUUUCGCCCGGCUAAAAAAUUUUUUUGCGGCAAACGGAAUCACGCAAGAAAGUAAGAAGAGGGCAAUUUUGCUAACAUCGAUUUCAGGGGAAGCGCAUAAAACUCUGUUCAGUUUGUGUUUACCAGAGGACCCCGACAAUAAGACUUUCGAGUCAUUAUCGGACAUACUACAAAAACACUAUGAGCCGAAAAAGUCGUAUUUCGCCGCUCGUCACCAGUUUUGCUUAGCUCGUAAGAAUCACGAAGAAAGUGUGUCCCAGUGGGGUGCCCGCGUACGUGAACUCGCUUCGAAAUGCAGUUUCGGGCCAGAGCUGGAGAUAGUAGUGAGGGACAUAUUUGUCGUCGGAAUGGGUUCCGGAAAAAUCCAGGAUCGGUUACUGGAAGAAGACGCGUCAGCAGCAUCAACCACUUUAGGAAAAUUGAUGGAAGUGGCAACCACCAGAGAGGCCAACAUCAACGCAAGCAAAGAGUGGUCGAAGGAAACGUCCGGGGCGUUCCAUUUUACCAAGCAGGAAGGAUUUCUAACACAGACGACACCAAAGCGGACAAGUGGACGGGGCCAAGCCAACGGGAAAGAGAAGUGCCAGGUAUGCGGCCGUUCCAAUCACGACACCGGAUUAUGCAGGUUCAAAAAUUAUUCAUGUAACACAUGCGGGGUGGUGGGUCAUUUGGCACCCAUGUGCAAAAAUAGAGGUACUAAGCACAAGUCGCAAAAUAAGUUUUUGACAGAAAAUGAGCGGCCAGGCGAUCACGAAUCUAGCGUAGAAUUAAUUGAUUCUUUUUUUGCAAUUAACGAUAUUUCCCGAGAUAAGCUUAAAGUAGCUCCGUACCGCGUAAAGUUAAUCAUUGGAGGUAGACCUAUAGCAUUCGAAAUCGAUACCGGUUCGGUGCAUAGUAUUAUUUCCGAGUCGACGUUUAAAGCGCUAAUAGGUCCAAAGGUAAUCGUAACUAACGACGUGGAGUUGUCAGAUUACGUUGCUAAUAGAAUUACACCGAUAGGCAAGGUAGCGCUCACGGUCACGCACAAUGAUAAAACAAUCGGAAUAUGGGUAUAUAUAGUGCCAAACGGAGGACCACCAAUACUAGGUAGGAACGACAUAGCAACGCUCGGUAUUAAAAACGUGUUCGAAUGUAAGUUUACCGGCGCAGAGGAUAGCGUUAAAACAAUUUUAAAAAAGUAUCCUAAUGUAUUCAGCGAAGAGCUAGGGACAUUUAAAGGGUACAAAAUAUCCCUAACAACAAGGCCGGGGACCACGCCGAAAUUCUUUAAACACCGACCAGUCCCCCUAGCGCUAAGAACAAAAGUCGAGGCUGAAAUAGAUCGGUUGUUGGCCAUCAACGCUCUGAUACCGGUCGACCACAGUGAGUGGGCAACUCCUGUAGUUCCAAUUUUGAAAGAGGAUGGUAGCGUCAGAUUAUGCGGAGAUUUUAAAAUAUCCGUAAACCCCGUAUUAGUCAGUACAGAAUAUCCCUUACCAAAAAUCGAACACCUUUACGCCAGAAUAGCGGGAGCGAAGUUUUUCUCAAAAAUAGACUUGAAAGAUGCCUAUCAGCAGUUGGUACUCGACGAUAGUUCACGCGCAUUAACGACAAUAAAUACGAUAAAAGGUUUAUUCAGGUACACGCGCGUUCCAUUUGGACUGAAAUCAUCGGCUAGCGAGUUUCAGAAAGCGAUCGACAGUAUCACAAAAAAGGUUGAGGGGGUCAAGGUAUUCAUUGACGAUAUAAUAGUAUCAGGUAAGACGAUGCCCGAACAUAACAUACGUUUAGAACAACUUCUAAAAGCACUCGGCUCAGCAGGGCUGAGAGUAAGAGAGCGUAAGUGUACCUUUAUGCAGACGGAAGUAGAAUAUUUAGGUCAUAAAAUAGAUGGACAGGGUUUGCAUACAUUAGACAAACACACAAUCGCGAUUAAGGAGGCAGCGGCGCCCCAAGACAGGUCGGAAUUAAAAAGUUUUCUAGGGUUGGUAACAUAUUACACUAAGUUUGUGAAAAAUGCGGCACGGAUACUAAAACUGUUGUACGACCUUUUAAAAACGGGGGCGAAAUGA